GCCUCUCCCCGCAGCGCUCCCCCCGGCUCGUCGCCUCCUCCCUCGACGCCUCCUCCCCUCUCAGAUCCGGCGUCCUCGCCCGCCGCCGGCUCGCCGGUCGCCCCUCCGCCUCCCUCCCCGUAACCCCGCUCCUCCCCUAGCCCCUCCGCCUCCCUCCCCGGCUCCUCCCCCCGACCCCUCGCAGAUCCGCCACUCUCUGGUUCCCCACCGUUGCGGUUCGCCUUCUCCGGCUCCGGGCUCCGGCUGCGCAGGUCUCCUAAGGGGGCCGCGCGUCGUUGAGGAACGGAGCCGCCGAGGCGACGACGUCAACGGCGCCGGGCUCGAGGGUGUGGUCCGGGUGUGCUCGAGGUCGAGGGCGAGGCACGGGCAGUUUUUGAUCUGAGGAUGGGAAGGGACGAUGAGCAGGUUGACCCAAUGGAGAUUGACUGCCAGCAGAAGCUACAGGUAGAAGCCUCCACUGCCGUGCCGGAGGGGUUCAACGCCGACUACCUCCGAGUCUACUAUGGAAAGCUGUUCCCAUACGGUGAUUUCUUUAAAUGGCUCUGCUAUGGAAAUGAUGGAAAGCACCCUGGAUGUGAUCAGUCAUAUGUUGGACGUCGGGAGUUUUCAUUUACACUAGAGAAUGACAUCUACCUGCGGUUCCAGUCCUUUGAUAGUGCUUCUGAAUUGGAGAGUUCUAUUAAGGAGAAGUGCCCUUUCAAGAUUGAUAUUGGGCCUGUCUACAGCGUAGAUCCUGCAAAGCGUCAUGCUUAUGCCCAAUCUGGCAAUAAUGUCUUUGUACCUGUGGAAAGGGAACUAAUUUUUGACAUUAUGAUUUUGGUUUCAAUCACAUAUUGUGGGUAUACAGUGGCCGUCGUGGUGUCCAUUGCUGGGCUCAGCAAUGAACAAAGGGCUGCGGUUGCUGACUACUUUCGAGUCUACAAGGGUGGUGAAAAUGCACUGAAGAAAGUAUCCUUGGCUGGGCCUGUCCUCCAUCCUUGCUCGUACACGGAUGUUCUUGAAAGCUUCUUUGAAGAUAAGUUGCUACUUAGCCAACAACUCUUUGCGUCAGAGGAUAGAUGUCAGAAGAUACUUGAUCUCAUCCCUGAUGAAAAUGUUGCUAGUGAGCUCCAUGACAAGUGGCAGAGAAAUAGAUCAACAUCUAUUUCAAAGGAAGAUGUCAAUGCAGCCAGAUGGAAGCAAUUGAAGACGACCUUACAGUCAGGAAAGCACAAGUUGCAUCUGCUGAUUCAUGCUAUUAUGUUCUAUAUUACUAAUUGUUAUAUGCUUCAUGCUCAGGGGCUUCGGAGAUGUGUGGAAGAGAUUGUCUUCUUAUACACAUAUCCUAGACUUGACAUGGAGGUAUCAAAGCACAUGAAUCAUUUACUAAAAGCUCCCUUUUGUAUACACCCAAAGACAGGUCGUGUUUGUGUUCCAAUUGAUCCCAAUAAUUGCGAGGAUUUUGAUCCUACAGCUGUUCCUACUCUAUCACAACUUUUAGGAGAGCUCAAUGCUGCUAGUUUUCAGACAGAUUCUGAAAAUAAUUGGGAAAGAACGUCCCUUGAGAAAUCCAUCAGGUUUUUCAGAACUUCGUUUCUGCAACCGCUGCUGAAAGCGUGCAAGGAGGAACUGGAAAGCACGUACAAUGCAAAGCUCCAGCAGUCCAAGAAUUCCUUGAAUUGGUAAAAUCUACAUGUGCAGGCACACCACAACUCGGUAGGCCAGUAACCCAUAUUUCCACCUGUGCGACCUCAAUCAGCACCCACCAAGAGUAUUUCAACUGAACACGAAGCUCUUUGCAUGGAAGAAUAGUCGAUUAUUCCAUGAUGCUGCCAGUUGGUGUUGUGCGUCCCGAAAUUGUACCAUGUCAGUUCCAAGCUAUAGCCAUCGAGUGCGAUCAGAGUUUUCUUGUACUUGUGAGGAUUUGCUGAUGCCUACCUGUAGGCAUAUGUGGGUUUCAUUGCUGGUCGACGGUGCCAAAGCUAUACCCUGUAACUUGGGCUAUAUAUAUGUUGAGCAAUUAAAUUUAAAGAGAGAAUCCAGAUGCAUGUUUUGGGUAUUAAAGGGGUGUUAUACAUCCCACUAAAUUUUA